AUGUCGGAAAGCACGCCUCGGGAUCCCAAUGUCACUCCAUUGCAGCCACCAAGCCAUCUCAUCACAACAUCGUCUACCCUAGGAGCCACCGGAGGCAACGUACCAAAUCACACUCGUGCAACUAGUGCAACACGCGCGGCGGAGACACAGAAGUUUCAGUCCGACACCACUACGGACAAGGCAACUGCAGCCUUCAUUCGACGCACUCUCUGCAUUCACAAUGUACUUCUAGGCAACGGCGAAAAGGGGCGCACAACACCGCGCCCCAUUGACGAAGUACUGCCACCACUGACUAGCUCAAACGAGGUUGAUCUCCAGCUCUACGCUAUCAUCUCUGUCAUCAUCAAGGAGUUCGUACAUACGUGGUACUGGAAGAUCACCCCUGACCAUGUGUUUGUUAACGAAGUCAUCCAAAUCAUCGCCCACUGUACUAGGGCUCUCGAGCAGCGUCUCCGAAAAGUUGACCUCGAAGCGCUAUUGUUAGAUGAGAUCCCUGAGCUGCUUGAAGCCCACCUGAGCUCUUUUCGCCUGGCGAAGCAGCAAGCCACCUCGCCCAAUUCACUAGUUUCGGACCCACGUCUGGUCUAUCAUAUGCUCCACCCGCACCCUGCACUCUCUCCUGUUCCGACGGACCUUGUGCCGUCGACUAUUGUUGAGCAGCGGGAGAGCGAGUCUGCAUGGCGCCAGCUACUCGUCCAGGGAGUUUUGGCUGUACUCCUCCCCACCGAGGACUUGGAAAACGGAUGUCUUCGAUCUCUAGUGGCAGAGAUAUUUGCCGAAAUGAUCCUCGGAAACGGCAUUAGCGGGAAGGCCUGUGAGGGCUGGUUGCUCUGGGAGGGUAUUACGAGAAUAGCUGAGAUUUUGCAGACCGAUGGCACGAAAGAGAAGAAUUCCCAAUCAGAACAUAUCAGUCCAGAGGAGUCGCUGACCCGUCUGGAGCGCUUUGGGCUAUUGCCCUCGUCGACAGAUGAACAGACUGGGUUGUCGACGCCACUGGUCGCCAGGGAGCAUCGUCAUAAGACUACACCCGUAUCCAUCUCGGGUGUGUUCUGGGCCGCCGUCCAAUUCGUAUUUCUGGCGUGUAUAGCGGCGCGCGCGGUGAUCUUGAGUCUCGCGACAUCAUCUUCCCUGCCCUCAAGAUCUGUCAUCACCGAACAGUCACCUGUCGAAGCAUCAAACCAAUCGCAAACACUACAUGCCAACGCUUCGACCCCCAGGCGCCCGUUGGGAAUCAAGCGGCCUGUAGUAAGCAUGAAGUUGUGGAGCUGUGCAUCGCGACUUGCUGAACUAGACAUCCGCAUGCCUUGGCUGUUGGGCUUCAUUUCAACGCUGCAUCGAGGAGCGUUGGUCGGCCCCGGUAGGGUGGGUGAGACGGAUGGUGUAUUGGAUAGGUUCCUUUCUCACACCAUCCAUACGCGCAUCCUGAACCCCGCUUUUCUUCCAGUCGUCCUUCGCACGCUACGCGCCACACUCUUCCCAAACAACGCUCUUGGCCCCCCACGUCAGAUUCCAUCCGAUGAGGAGACCAGAGAGAUCAGACGUCGUUGUGCCGCUUCGCUACUAAACUUGUUGCCACCGGCAGUAGCGAAAGCGUUCUUCGCAAGCCACAAACGCGAAGUGCAGCUCCAGGAAGUCGACAAAGUCCUAAGCUGCCUCGACGACACGUAUCUCAACAAACAUUUGAUUUUCCAGAUCGUGGAAUUGAUUGUUCUGCGCAUAGUUCCGGAAUUAGGAGAACGAGGUGUCAGGGACUUGCUGGAAGAGCGCACUGGUUGA